AUGAGGAAAACCACGUCUCUUCUCUGGAAUAACCUGGGAAAGGAGGAGAACAAACAAGAGCAAAUGAAGUUCUGGUGUUGUGGCCCUGUCUCCACGCUGCAGCUGAGACCUUCCACCAUGAAGCUCUUCUCCUGCCUCAUGGCUCUUCUCCUGUUCCUCCUCCAGGCUGUUCCAGGUCUCGGCUUGCCCAAGGACACCCAGCAUUGUUUGGAAUACCAUGGCUACUGCUUCCAUUUGAAAUCCUGCCCGAAGCCUUUUGCUGCGUUUGGAACUUGCUACCGGCGUCGGAAAACCUGCUGCAUAGACACGACAUCAAACUUCCACAUUUGUCAAGAGGAGGGGGGUCAUUGUGUACCCCCAGAAAUCAGAUGUCUGCAAGAGCAAGUGGGACUCUGCCCUCGCAGGGGAUGGAAGUGCUGCACAGAAGUGUGACAAGGAUCUCAUGGAAUUGUAGAAAACAACAGAAAUGCAUGGCCAAGAAAACAACCGAGGCUUUUUUUCUAGUGUUUUAGACAUGUCUGGUGUUCUCAACAUGCAAAAUGUGUAAUUAAC